GCUCACACAUUUAUAAAAGUCUGCUUGUUUUACUGUCCCAACAAGCAGGGGUUAGAGUAGUUUUUGUGAGAGGAGAGCAAGAUAGAGAAUGGAAGGGAGGGAGAGAAGGAAAGAAACAAAGAAAGUAAGGCAAAACUGGGAAUGCUAGGAGAAUCACGUAUAAGUAAGGAUAUAGAGAGAGGAAGAGGCAGAAAGUAGUGAAGGUCUAGAAGGGAGGAAAAGAAGGAUCAAACUGUAGGUAAGACCAGAGAAGGGCAUGAGAGAUUAAGGCAAUACAAAAAGAAAGAUGUGUUUCAGAUGAAGUGAAGAGAAGCGGAUGAGUGAACUACAGCAGAAUAUAACCAUAUCAGACUGGUAGGAGACUGCAGCUUGGAUGUUUCAGGAUCUAAGUACUGUAGACAAACAAGUCAGAACAAGGGUUAAACCCUUCUACACAGACUGUGAGGGGGGAGAGCAGAGUGCACACUGCUCCUUCCACCCUGAGGGCACAAUCCCCCCUCCUGUGCCGUGUGCUACUUAGAAAGAACUGAAUUACCCUGUAGGGGCACUGGGUGAAGUCUUGUGUGUGGAUUUGGGUGCACUGGGUGAACAUGCUUUUUCUGUGGAUUGUAUGGAUCAUCUGCAGCUUCAGCAGAGCUGAAGACAGACAGGGCUACUUAGUAGCAGCUCCAUCUGUGUUUCGCUCUGGAGUGGAAGAAGUUGUAAGUGUCACCAUCUUCAAUGCAACUACAGAAACAAAGGUGCAGUUGCAGUUAGUAGUCAAAGGAGAGACUGUGGCUCAUGGACAUGGAAUUGUACUCGAUAAAGGCACAGUUAAGAUAUUGGUGCCAUCUGGAUUGCGAGGCCAAGCAAAUUUGAAAGUCUGGGGUAACAGACAUCUGACAGAAGAAGGAUUUUCUUUUCAUAACUCUACAACUGUUACAGUGGAUAGCAAAGGGUCAUCUGUAUUCAUACAAACGGACAAGCCAAUUUAUAAGCCCAAGCAAAAAGUACUUAUCAAUAUGUUUAUGGUCACACCUGAUCUACGACCUACAAGUGAAAAGAUUGAAGCAUACAUUUUGGACCCACGAGGAUCUAGGAUUAUCCAAUGGACAGAUUUAAGGCCAAUCUGCUGUGGUGUCGUUAACAUGAGUUUUCCACUCUCUGACCAACCAGUCUUUGGGGAGUGGCUAAUUUUUGCAGAGACACAGGGACACACGUAUAACAAAUCUUUUUCUGUGCAGAAAUAUGUACUUCCAAAGUUUGAGUUGGUGAUCUCUCCUCCUUCCUAUAUUCGAGAUAUCGGAACCUGCGAGAAGGGCACCGUCAAGGCAAGAUAUACAUUUGGAAAGCCAGUAAAGGGCUUGUUGACCAUUAAUAUGACUGUUACUGGUGUUGGGUAUUACAAACAUGAAAUUGGACUUCAGGUGCUUAAAACAAUGGAGAUUUAUGGCUCUGCAGUGUUUGAUAUCUGUGCUAAGGACAUGAUGCCAGUAGACUUUCCAGAACAUUUCAGAGGGACAGUAAAUAUAUGGGCCACUGUAAUUUCUGUGGAUGGCAGUAAGCAGGUUACCUUUGAUGACUCGACACCUGUCCAAAAACAGCUAAUUGAUAUCAAAUAUACAAAGGAUACCAAGAAACAGUUCAAGCCAGGCUUACCCUAUCAAGGAAAGGUGGAGGUGACAUACCCAGAUGGAAGCCCUGCUGAUGGUGUUACAGUACAGAUAAAAGCUGAGCUGACUCCAAAGGAUAAUGUUUACACCAGUGAACUUGUAUCACGGAAUGGUCUAGUGGAGUUCCAGAUUCCAUCAAUCCCAACUGGAGCUCAAUAUGUCUGGCUGGAGACAAAAGUAAUGGCAAUUGAUGGAAAACCUGCAGGAGAACAGUAUUUGCCGAAUUACUUGUCAAUCAGCAGCUGGUACUCUCCAAGCAAGUGCCAUCUUCUUAUACAGCCACCUGAGGAGCCACUUUUGGUGGGUGAAGAGGCAAGAAUUGCCCUUAAGUCUACCUGUCCAUGUAAUUCAACACUCCACUAUGAGUUGGUCGCUCGUGGGAAUAUUGUACUUUCUGGGAAGCAACCAGGGAAAGUGACGCUGAAGAGAAGCAAAAGGGAUGCAUUUGUGACAUUUGACAAGGACACCCAUGAAUCAGUAACAAACACAGCUUCCACACAGAUCCCCAGUGAAGACUCUACAGUGUGGUUGACCUACGUGCAUUUCACUGUCACUCAUAAUAUGGCCCCUCUAAGCCGUAUUCUAGUUUAUUAUGUUCGGGAAAAUGGAGAGGGAGUUACUGACAGUGCACAGAUACCUAUUAAACCUGUCUUUGAAAACCAGGUUUCUCUGACCCUCUCUACAAACAACUCUAGACCUGGGGAUGCAGUAGAUAUUAAUGUUAAAGCUGCAAAAGGGAGUUGUGUGUGUGUGGCCACUGUGGAUAAGAGUGUUUAUCUAUUACGCAAUGGCUUCCAACUUACACCAGAACAGAUAUUUCAAGAGCUAUCAGAAUUUGAUGUUUCAGAUGGGACAGGAAAAGAUGAAGGUCACUUCUGGUGGCCAGGGAUGGGCUCCCAAAGAAGAAGACGUUCUUCUCUCUUUCCAUGGCAUUGGGACAUUACCAAGGAUGCAAGAUUUGCUUUUACGGAGACAGGGCUUAUUGUAAUGACAGAUAUUGUGAGUCUUAAUCAUCGUCAAAGUGGCGGAAUGUACACAGAUGAGGCAGUGCCGGCCUUUCAGCCCCACACAGGAACACUGGUGGGAUCCUCCUACACUAGGAUGGCUACUCGAACUGAGAAGAGAAAGAGGACAUUCUUUCCAGAAACCUGGGUCUGGCACUGCUUCAAUGUAAGUGAUGUGACUGGAGAGCAGCAGCUACAUGUGGAAGUUCCAGAUUCUAUCACUACUUGGAUAACUGAAGCAAUUGCCAUAUCUAGUAAGAAAGGCCUAGGAGUGGCUGGACAAGCACACCUUAAAGCCUUUAAGCCAUUCUUUAUUGAUUUCACAUUGCCAUACCAUGUAAUCCGAGGGGAGCAGGUCAAAAUCCCACUUACUGUUUACAACUAUCUGCCUGUUGGUGUAGAGGUGCACGUGAAGAUUACGAUUCCAAAAGGCAUAAAGUUUGUAGGAUAUCCUGGGAAACAGUAUUUGAUCCGGAAGCUAUGUGUUGCAUCAGGGGAAACCAAGCCUACGUCUGCAGUCUUUGCUUUCACGGAUCUGGGGCAGGCAAAUAUUUCAGCCAGAGCUCUGGCAUUUGCAGGCAUGAGCUGUUUUCCAGAAGGCAAUACUUUAAGGAACAAGCAUGCAGAUGAUGCAUAUUUGGAGAAGAAAGUCCCAGCUGGCACAGAUUUUGUACGCCGAAGUUUGAUGGUAGAGCCAGAGGGUUUAGCUCGAGAAUACACGUACAGUGUUUUCUUCUGUCCAAAUGAGAAAAUUCAGAUUUCUACACCCAACAAGUUUGAGUAUCAGUAUGUGCAAAAGCCACAACGGAUGACUCAUUUUGACCUGACGGUCAAGGCCCACAAUGAUGCUCAUAUAGCUCUGUCCUCUGGGCCCCAUGACAUGGCUGAAAUGAUAGAGAUCGUCAUUGGGGGACAGCAGAAUUCCCGAACAUGGAUAUCCACUAGCAAGAUGGGUGACCCAGUGUCCAGUGCAAGCACAUCCUCUGUUUUAUCUUGGGAUGAGUUCCGUGCAUUUUGGAUUAGCUGGAAGAAUGGAGUGAUCCAGGUAGGAUAUGGCAUUUACAGUUCCAAUGACUCUGUUAUCGUAGAAUGGACAGUCGACAGACAGCCAGAUGUGAAGUUCAUCGGUUUUUCCACAGGCUGGGGCUCCAUGGGGGAGUUCAAAAUAUGGAGGAAAGAAGAAACGGAUGAGAACCACAAUGAGGCCUUCACUCUAGGGGUCCCACACAAUGUUAUCCCAGGGUCUGAAAGGGCCACUGCAUCUAUUAUAGGUGAUGUAAUGGGCCCAACCGUGAGUAAUUUGGAUAACCUUCUCCGACUCCCAUUUGGUUGUGGGGAGCAAAAUAUGAUCCAUUUUGCUCCCAAUGUCUUUGUGUUAAAGUAUCUGCAAAAAACCAGACAGUUGUGUCCUGAAGUGGAAAGUGAAGCUGUGGACUAUCUGGUACAGGGCUACCAACGUCAGCUGACAUACAAGAGGCUAGAUGGCUCCUAUAGUGCCUUUGGAGAAAGGGACUCAUCUGGAAGUAUGUGGCUUACUGCUUUUGUUCUGAAAUCCUUUGCUCAGUCUCGAGGUUUCAUCUUUAUUGACCCUGGUGAACUCUCUGCUGCAAAAGACUGGAUAAUCCAGCAUCAAAAUAAGGAUGGGUCUUUUCCUGCUAUGGGCCGUAUUCUCAACAAGGAUAUUCAGGGGGGUAAUCAUGGGAAAAUUGCACUGACUGCAUAUGUGGCAGCUGCUCUCUUAGAGACAGGAGUAACAUCAGAGGACGAGAGAAUUGCAGUUUCUAAAGCGAAACUAUUUUUAGAGUCCCAUUUGUUUACAGUGGAUGAUCCGUACACUACAGCACUGACUUCUUACGCCCUGACUCUUUUACGUAGCACCUAUGCUCCUGUGGCUCUCCGCAAACUGAAUGCCAUGGCCAUAACUCACGAUGGUUUUACACACUGGAGUUUAACUGGGAGUGCAGCCACAGAAGAGGAUACAUUCAUGGGCUUUAAUGAUGGCCUCUCCCAGUCAGUGAUCUCAGCUGAAGUUGAAAUGACUGCAUAUGCCUUGCUUACUUACACUUUGAUGGGAGACGUAGCAUCAGCUCUGCCUGUAGUAAAGUGGUUGUCACAGCAACGAAACUCUCUCGGGGGAUUCUCCUCCACACAGGACACUUGUGUGGCUCUGCAGGCUCUUGCUGAAUAUGCUAUUCUCUCUUAUGUUGGAGGUGUUAACCUCACAAUAUCUUUGGCAUCAACCAACCUGGAUUACCAAGAAACAUUUGAACUUCAUCGGUUAAAUAAGAAAAUUCUUCAGACAGCCAAGAUUCCCUCAAUUCCCACUGGUUUAUUUGUCAGUGCUAAAGGGGAAGGUUGCUGCUUAAUGCAGAUUGAUGUUCAUUACAAUGUUCCUGAUCCAGUGGCCAAACCAGCUUUCCAGCUUUUGAUCUAUUUAAAGGAACCAAAACUUAGCAGGAAGAGGAGACAUGUAGUUCAUCAAGAAACACCACUCAGAGAUCGAGCCCUUCCAGAUGAUGAUGAUCCAGGAUCUCAUCAGGACCAUCAAGAGUACAAAAUUACUCUUGAGGCCUGCACCAGAUGGCUUCAUGCUGGAGCUUCUAACAUGGCUGUUUUAGAACUGGCCUUAUUAUCAGGCUUCAGAGCAGACAUUGAAAGUUUGGAGCAGCUGCUCUUAAACAAGCAAAUUGGACUCAAACGCUACGAGAUAGAUGGCAGAAAAGUGCUGUUCUACUUUGAUGAGAUUCCCAGCCAGUGUUUGACCUGUGUAAAGCUGCAAGCAUUUCGGGAGUAUAUUGUGGGAAAAACUGCUCCAGUACCUGUCAAAAUUUACGACUAUUACGAGCCAACUUUUGAAGCCACAAGAUUCUACAAUGCAAGCGAGAGCAGCCCCUUAUCCCGAGAGCUUUGUGAUGGAACCACGUGUAAUGAGGUGGAAAGCUCUGCUAAUCAUUGGACAGCUUUUUCUCCCAAUGGGCCUUGCAGUGGGACAUUUUCAUGCCCAGAAGAGGAUCAUUUUGAGAGGUGUAUGUGCUAUAGAGACUGUGGGUAUGAUGGAGAUCCAGUGUGUGGCUCUGAUGGUACUGUUUAUCAGAACCAGUGCCAGCUGGAAGUAACAGCCUGCAGAAAUAACACCAGAAUUGAGCGUGUGCCCAUGUCCCAGUGCACUCCAGAAGAGACAGUAUCAGAAGACGCAACUCAUGUAACUAUAAAUAAAGACCAAGACAUGAUCCCAGAGAAGACAGAAGAGGAAGUUACGUCUCAUAACACAGAAGUCUCCUAUUAUUCCUAUGAGUAUGAUGUGGAUCCAUAUGCUGCUGAGAGCGAGGAUAACUUUGAGAUGGGAGUGGAACUUAUUACUGUUUCAAGCUCAGUGGAAGAAUCAGGAAAGAUAUAUACAGCAGCAACAGAGGAAUGAGAAUGAAUAUCAUUGAGAAGUUGUUUUACUCUAUUUCAUUGACAAAACUGAUUUAAAAAAAAAAAGGACUUGGACUUUUUAAAUUGCAAGCUCUGGAUUCAGGCAAUGUCAGAUUACCAUUUCCUCUGAAGUGGUGAAGAAAAGGACUGUAGUUGUAAGUGGGUGAAGAUGUCCACUUUCCAAAUAGGUCACAGGUUUUAACAGUUAAAAGCAUUGCCGUUAACAAAUGAAUUUGCUGCUGUUCCUUUGAUCCUUGUGUCCCUUCUUGAUUUACCAGUACUCCUCACCGUCCUGUUUUUCCUUUAGAUUCCUAACAAGCAGGUUGGGGGGCCGGUUGCUUCUACUGCUGAACUGCAUAGUUUAAUAAGGACACUUUAUUAGAGAAGAUGUUGCCUUAGCUGUUGUCAAACCACUGUUACAUUUAACAGAAUUUCACAGUUUUUGUGAUUUCAUCUAUACACUUAUGUAGGGGAACUUAUUAAAAACCACAGGAAUACAUUUUGUUUUUAUAAAAGGAAAUCAAAGCAUUUACAGUAAAAUGUGCGGAAGAGCUACCAACGAAGGCUAUACGAUAUUUACUGUGGAUAUACCAAAUAUCUCUUUUGCAUUCCUGUAUUAUAAAGUGUGCAUAUAAUAACAGUUAUUCUUCCCGCAGAUUUCAAUUUGAUUAUCAAUGAUAAUUUAUCUCAAAAGUGUGCCCUGUUUAGAGGGCAGAUCAAGAAUCCAAAAAAUGUAGUAAAGGGAUAGGCAAUCUUUGGGGAUGGAAUAUACUGACACAUUGCUAUUCAAAACUGAGCACAAAUGCUUUGGGGGAGGAUAAGGAUGGAUUUUGUGUUGUUCUUAAUGUUAGUACUUUCGUGCUUGCAGAGCAGAAAGUAGAACAAAGUACAAUAUUUUUAACAUUUAUCUCCCAUGUAAAGUGUUAAUAAUCAUGGGAUGAACCUGGAAGGAAAAUGAUGUAAUGGAAUUAAUUAGGUCAGCCCCUUGGAACAGAUUAUUUAUUAUUUUAAUCAUACACCCAUCUUUCCCAGAAAUAGUUGAACCACUUUACUCUUAUUUUCAUUGUCUUUUGCCUUUUUUCUUCCUAAAUCUCUCUUACUGUACAGCUAUUUGUUCGCGCCAAACAGAUUUGCAAUUUUUAUCUGUGAAUGCCGAAUACAAAAGAAUUGGUUCAUACAGACAAUACAUGUCCCAGCCACACUUCCCCCAAACUGUACAACUUGAAGCUAAAGUAGGGUUAUAUAGGGUUACUUUUUCUUCCACAAGCUAGAUUUGUCUCUGCUGAACCAUUGAAUGAUUUCUGAUAGAUGUGCUAUGAUACCCUAUAAUACCCAAUAUAAACAGGGCAUACCGCAGUCCCUCUUAUCUGUUAUUUUCUCUUUUGCUUUGUUUUACCAUUUCCAUUAUUUUUACCUGCACUGGCAAAUCUGGACAUUAAGCACUGCAUUCUACUCCUAGCACCCCCGAACCUGUAUAGUCUGCUCUAACAUUGUUAUGACAUUCCACUCAUCCGAUAAUUUAAUUCUGAAAGCCAUUAUGUUUAAUAUAUGUAUGUUUUUAUGGUUCUUUAAAACACAUAUUUAAAUUAAAUGUUAAAAAAGGAAAAUAUUUGUAUUUUUGCAUUGCUAAAGCUGCAGCUGAAGGUGGAUUUGUAUUGUAUUGAGAUUUUCAGUAUGUUGUACAGCCUGCCCCAUGGAUGGGGUAGGUGGAGGAAAUGGCAUUAACUCACCUUCUAUCUAAAUAUUUUAAAGCUUUUAUUAUACACUGAAAAUAGGACAGAUGCUCAACCCUCAUUGCUAAAGUUGUCUGCUAUCUAGUGCUUUGUAUAACAGUGCAGGCAAUUCUCUGCAGUAAAGGGAGCAAUGCUAAAUGUUAGUGAAUGUGGUAUUUUUGCUGUCAGAACUGUAUAAGCUUUUACCAUGAUCUAUGGUAGACAUGUAAAUGGAUGUGAUUUUGUAUCUGGUGGUUUAUUUUUCCCUCACCUGCCUUUCUUAAACAAGAAUAAACAGUGUUUAAAGUUG